AUGUGCGUUUCAUCAGUUUCAGCAGAACUCCCGCAGCCCAGAGAGAAGUGUGUUGCUGUGGAGCGGCCUAAACUGGAGCUUGUGUCAUUACACAGUGACUUAAUUCCAGAUGAGCUCCUGACUACACUUGUUUCUACUGUCUGUCCCCUGGAGAGACCCCUGCAGGGCCAAAAAAUCACCAAGACACCUAAAGAUUUCAAGGUCCAUGGGAUGCGCAGCACAGACGCAGUAUGGCAUCAUCCUGUUGGCCGCAAGAAAUACAAGCACCUUCUGGACCAGCCCACUUCACUGACUGGAGCUGGCAGGGACAUCUCCUUCCUGUGUGAUGCCAUGGUCUCUCAGAGGGCCAGGACGCCCCUUCCGCCUGUGACAGACAGAGGUAGCACCCACUCCCAGGACACCCACAAGGACGUGAGUCUGAAGGAGAGCCUGAUCCCUGAGGAGUUUCAUAUAGUGAAGAACAGAGGGGUGGUGGGCCUGAACUGCUAUGAAGACAAAUACACAGUACUACUGGAAGACGAGGAGCAGAGGCUUAGAGUAUUCCCAUCGAUGAUGCCCAGCAGCCGACUGGAGGCUGUGCAGCUGAUGAAGGUGAUGGACGAGAUGCUGGACAAAGCAGGGGUCAAUCAAGAGUUCACAGAGCUGAAGGAGCUCUCCCAGAUGGAGGGUCUGCUAGAGCUGGUGCGGGUGGAGCAGAACAUUUACAACGCCAUCUUCCACGAGCUUAUCCGGCAGGUCAGCGUGCAGUGCGCAGAGAGAGGCCAGCUGCUGGCCAAGCUCAGGCGCAGGUACGCGGCCCUGCUGGAACGCAUCCCCCAACAGCUGAAGGGGCUCCACACGGAGACGCUGGCGCAGCGGGCCCUGGACCGACGCCUCACAGAGGAGAUCGUCUGCCUCAAGGGCACAAUCACCCAGCUCAACACGGAGCUGGGGCAGAUGAAGGAUCUUAAUGACCGUGUGUCCAGGCAGGCGGAGAAAGCACAGGAGGAGCUGGCGAAGGCCCUGGAGCAGUCCCGCAGGAACUCAGACUUGGUGGGGGAGUACCGUGAGCUAUAUGAGAUGCAGAGACAGCGGCUGGAGGGGCAGGUGGCCAGGCUGACCGAUGAAAGAGAUCGCUGGAGCAAAGUCACGUACAGUCUGGCUCUCAAGGUGAUCAAAGCAAACAGCCUCCAGCUGGCCGGCAGGCUUCACGUCAGUGAGCAGGCCUGGACCAAAACCGCAAAGCGCUUCACUGCCCUCCUGACAUCCAAAGAUACAGAGGACCUGAGCCGCAUUGUGAAGCUGACGGACCAGUGGAAGGAGGUGGUGGCUGGCUUCGUACAGAGGCUCAACAAACACGAGCGCAGCCAGUGUGAAGAGAUCAAGGGGGUCCAAGCUGGCAUUGCCCAGUGGCAGGAGCUCUGUGGAACCAGUAUCAACAGCCCAGAUGGGAAAUUUGAAAAAGAGUCAGAGGACAAGUUGUUUGUUGACUUGAAACACUGGGCAGCGAUGCUGACCGUGCAGUGUGAGCGCUAUGGGGGCGAGGACCUUCUUUCCUGCCAGGAGACCCUCAACCUGCUCUCACAGCUGCAGGAGGACUGGGUGGACACUGCCCUGGGGCUCUUCAGGAGACACCCUAGAGCGGACGGGGAGCCCCCCAAGGGCCAGGAGAGCAUGCGGGAGCUGAGCGGGGCCGUCUCUGAGCUCCACAGGCAGCUGGGGACCCGUGUUACUGGGGAGAGCGGUGUCCACAAAUUGCUGAUCUCUCUGGUUGGGGCAAUGGAACUGUGGGCCACCAGGCUUAAAGCUGUCAGCGGCCAGCCUGGGGGUCUCCCCCGUUACGAUUGGCUGAAGCUGGAAAGGGACCUGGGCAGCUGGACAAAGCUGGCGGAGGAGUCCCUCCACCAAGUUUCAAGCACCCAGACAGACAGUGAGAGGGUGAAGCAGAUACCACACGUCAGGAUUGAGAUUCAUGAUGUUUUCACCAUGAUGCGCGAGUUCCUCUCCACGCAAGACACUUUCUUUGACUGUGAAAACCAAAGGCUGUGUGAGGAGGUAAGCUGCAUCCACUCUGCCCUGACUCGCUGGAUGGUGGAUCUGCUUCUGCUGAUGGUCCCAGACUGCAGUGAUGACGAGGGGCCUCCUCUGCCUCCCGGCCUUGACAACAAAGCCCCUCAUACCAUCUCUCCCCAGAAGCUGGUCGAAGAUGCAAAUCACCUCACACAGAAACUGGACCACUUCUCUAAAUACCUAAUCAGCUCCUGUCUGCCCAUCAUAGAGGGGAACAUUCACAAGCACCAGGCACAGGACGAGUCUGAGAAUGAGCUCUACGAGCUCAACAAGCUCCAGCGGGAGAGUGGAGAGUGGAGGGAGGCCUGCCGUAUCCUGCUGCUGGAUGUGACGGGGUUUGAGGUCAGCGAGCAGGCGUCUGUGACUCUGGCCCCCGACGUUGUUCCCUCAGAGGAGGCCAGCGAGGAGUCACUGAUAGACGAAGACACAGCGCCACCUUCGGAUAUAGAGGAGGAGGAGGAGGAGGAGGCGGCAGCGGCUGUCAGAGAGGGCGAGGAGGGGGAGAGCCCAGAGCCAGUGGGGAAGGACACAGAGGAAUAUUCCACCCUGACAGUGGAAGGUCAUGGUGACGGCAACACAGAGAAGACAGCAGCAGAGGAAACUGUCCCUGCGUCUGUGUCUGGCUCCCCUAAGGCGGUGGUGAGAUCUCAGACUCCUGAUACCCAGAGGGCCUGGGCCACUGUGGAGACCCUUCAGCUACAGCUACUGGAUGCAGAGAGUCGUGCCCAGAGCGCAGAGGAGCAUGCCCUGUUAACCGAGGAGGCGCUGCAGGCUGCGCUGGAGAAGAUCCGUGACUUAGAGCUGCAGCUGAAGGCCAGGGCCUCUCUGGAACAGAAGGAGAACAAAAAGUCAGCAGCCACACCUCCCAGGAAGGGUGUGCCUGUGGAACAUAAAACAGUGGUUGAGAAACCGGAACCCAGCCCCAAGCAGCGCCAGCCAACCAAGAAACGCGGAAUCCAGCAAGGCACUCCCCAAAAUUCCCAGAGGUCAACCAUGUGA